GCGACUUCUUAUUUCAUCUUUCCCUAAUAAUAUCUCUCGCAGCAAAGGCCUCGUGUUCAAUCUCGUUGGCACACGCUUACAUAUGAUCGCGGAUACAUAACGCCGCGUUCCAGUUCCAAUGCCUUCUGUAAAGUUGACUUGAUUUCCGAAUUGACUAAAAACAUGGGGUUUAGACAUGUUAUCUCUUAGAUAUAUUUUGCGUUAUACUAUCCCCAUGACGAAUCGGCGUAGGAGAUGUACCAAAACGCCGUCCGCGGGCGCCGAGCGGUGUCCGUCGGAAAGACGCAUUAAAAUGAGUCGCUAAAGGGGCAUGUUAUCAUAAUCCAAUUGCUCCCAUUUGGAGUAAAUAAAACAGUGACGAAGGACGUGUCGUUUAAUACUAUUUUCGAGAAACCCAGCAGUCAUGAUCAUGGACAGUCAUCUUAGUCCAACACAAAAUAGCGCAUCGCGCCGACGCAGGAAAGGCGACGUUUGCAUCGGAAAUGGGACACCAAAGCUCCCCCUGAGAGCUCGGAAUGGUCAUGCAAGCUGGCCGACGGAGAAGAAGUAUCAUAAACGUAGAAAGUCUCGAUCUCUCCUGCGUCGGUCGUGGACUUUACCGCUGAUGCUCACGUUAGCGACCCUCUUUCUCUACGCCCCUAAUCCGACGAGUUCUAACGUUAUCCAUCACUUUAUCCUUCUAUCUCAUAAGGCAGACGAUGUUGACGGCUCUCCACAGUACGGUAAAGGUCCGUGGGACCUUGCAUUCGUGGGCUUCUAUACCAUACUCCUGUCCUUCGCCCGAGAAUUCGUCAUGUACGAGGUGUUACGUCCACUAGCUCGAAGUUUCGGCAUCAAAUCGCGAGCCAAGCAGUUGCGAUUCAUGGAACAGAUGUAUAUCGCCUUCUAUAUCGCGUUCAUGGGGCCGUUUGGCAUGUACUGCAUGAAGCAGACUCCAGUGUGGUAUUUCAACACGAGGGGCAUGUACGAAGGCUUCCCGCAUAAAACUCAUAACGCGAAUAUCAAGUUUUAUUACUUAUUUCAAGCCGCUUUCUGGGUGCAGCAGUCUGUAGUAAUGCUGCUGGGUUUCGAACAGAGACGCAAGGACUUCAAGGAGCUCGUCGGUCACCAUAUUGUGACCAUAGCCCUUAUCGGCCUAAGCUACAGGUUUCACUUCACGUAUAUGGGCAUUGCGAUCUAUGUCACACACGAUAUUAGUGACUUUUUCCUAGCUAUAUCCAAGUCGUUGAACUGUACCGAUAGCCCAUAUCAGGGACACUCGUUCAGCCUAUGUAUAAUUUUAUGGACUUAUUUACGGCAUUACAUCAAUAUUCGCAUCAUAUACUCACUCUUUAACGAAUUCGGCACAAUCGGACCUUACGAACUCGACUGGGAAGCAGAGCAGUACAAAUCUCCUCUGUCAAAUAUUAUCACGUUUGUUCUACUAGCAUCGCUUCAGGCGCUGAACCUAUUCUGGCUAUACUGCCUUCUACGCAACGCCUACAGGUUCAUCUUCUUGGGGAUUGCGAAGGAUGACCGGUCGGAAGAUGAAGCACCGGAAACUGACGUCGGGGCAUGCGAGAGGGACGAUAUAGAUGAUACUUUGCCGAGUCAGGGGGGAAAUCUUCCUUCCCUAAACGGCAACACAAAAUCUACAUAGACAUUAGAGAACUACAAUACAAGAUGUAAAAGCUGGAUAUCGAUCCAGAUAUAAUUGUUGGAAAUGUAUAUAUGCAUCAUCAGGGGCUGGUUACGGAUGAAUUCACUUUACACUGGAUCUAAAUCCCCUGGCCUUUUAUGUCGUUAGAAAAUUCCGAUAUACAGACAUUUUUAAUAAAGAAGAAGUAG